AUGCCUAGCUGCAUGCAGUCUCGCUGUCGCGGUUUUAUCGUGCAUACAGGAAGGUUUGCACUGGCCUUGCUAGUGAUUGCUGCUUGUUUAGUGAACGCCAUUCGAAGUACCUAUAUGUUUAUUAUCUAUAAUUUAAAGAUUUACAGCAUUUACGAACGUGGGAUAUUUGGAGCAAAUAUGGCAGUGACAGGAGUAUCGCUAGCUAAUAUUGUAUGGGUUGCGAUUUCAUCAGGCAAUAAAUUAGGACGAAUGGGAACUCUUCGGAACUCCGAGUUACAACUUAGAAGUUACGAUGAACAAGAAUGCGAAGACGAUGAUAUAAGCUUAUUUAAUCAAAGCAUUUGUGGUCUUACCAUAUUUCAGUUAUCGCUAUCGCAACUCAUUGCCGGCAUGAUCUUGAUUGCCCUGGGAAUUUAUUCUUUGUUUGAUUCUUUCUGGCUUUUUUCAACAAUUCCAUUAUAUCUAGCUGUAUCGUUACUGACAUCUGCUACACUUGGGAUUACAUCGAGAUAUAAAAAAACAGUAUAUCUAGCAAUAUGGUUCCGAGUACUAUGUCUAAUGUCAAGAGCACUUGCACCUGUUUCGCUUUGUAUUUGUACGUAUGGCUUUAUAGGCUAUUUUAACGAAAAGCCAACAGAGACUAUAAAGCUUUCAAUUAUAUUUGGUGGUAUUGGAGUGUCCAGCUUAGUUGCAAUGAUGUCUUCUACGUUAGCUGCAAUAGUUGUCCAAAAGUAUGUUGGGAUUAAUCUCUGCUCUCCAGGCAACAGUAACAGCUUUUACGGAAGUGCACAUUACAAAGUCGGAGUGUGUCAAAUAGCUUCUGGUCUUCUUUGUUUGGCCGCUGGCAUUGCCUCUAUGAUAUUAUUGCGUGGAUCUUAUUUUACACAGUUUACGUAUUACGUUGCAGUUAUGGCUUUUUCUUCAGGUCUCUGUGGUAUCGAUGUUGCGAGUAAAAAAUCUGAAGCAACACUCAGCACCUUCGUAAUCAUGUCGACAUAUACGGUUGUUACAAGUUUGGUGAACGUAGCUCUUGCUCUUAUCCAGUAUUCCUCAUUGCAGACAUUAAAUUUACCGUUUACGCCAAAUAUGGCUUUAUACAUGUUGCUAGCUUGUUUGAUCUCUACAGCCUUGGUUUUCUUAUCUGGAUUCAGUGGAGCUGUGGUCUGCGGCAUGCGCAUGGGAAUUUGCUGUUCAGAGGAUUUCAGACGAAGGACGAUGAGUUUUAUUCGAGGUCGAAGACCAAGUUUCCUUCGGGGAAGAAGGCCUAGUUUUCUAAAUCGCAACAACGAUUAUCAAAAUAGAAAUGAUAAAAAGAUGGCGAUGGCACAAUCUAGCGCUCGAAGUGGUGGUGCUGCUUCUGUAUAA